AAGAAGGAAACAAAUAUGGCGGCUGAUAUUUUUGGCGAUUCCAGUCUUUUUGAAGAAUUUGACAAGACGAGAGAGGCACACGGCACAUUUAUUAGGCAAGAUGAAAUUCCGAGAAAUGAUGCGAAGGUCGUACUUAAUACUGCUGAUUCCGAUUCCAGUUCAUCGUCUGGUAGUGACGACAAUGAGACUAAUACAUACCCCAAUUGUGAAAGUGAAAGUGUGUGCGAAGUUCAAAAGGAUGUCCCCGUCUCAAAUGUCUUGAAAAAGACCCAAGACAAAACAGACUCUGUUACAAAGAACACUGAGCAGAAUACUACAAAUUUCAAGCUUCAAUAUGAACGUAAUAAAUUUUUGAGGUUUGCCAAGCUUAUUGAUUCAACAAGACACGUUCCUGAUGAGCAGAGCCCAGGUGUCCAGAUCAUAUUUCACAAUAAUUCAUUUGCAAGAAAACAUCGAUGUUCAAUUGAAAAUUUUAUCAGACAUCUUUUAGAAAAGGAGGAGUUAGAAAAGAUGCAUGCCAUGGAAAAGUUGCCAGAGCUGUUUUUAAAGCCAAGCACACCAACUUGUGUUGAUAUUAAUUCAGACUUGCCAAUCAGUAUGCGAACGGAUCGAAUGUGGAAAUCUCAUGCCAUCAUUGGACAAGCACAUUUUCAUGUUAAUUUCAUGAUUGACUCGAUUGGAUGGCCAUUGGUUAAUUAUGAACCGUCUCUCACCCCCAGUUGGGAAGUGCCUUAUUAUAUCCAGGAGUUAAAAGAUCCACUUCCCAUAGACGAGGAGGAGAUGGAGAAACAGGCCCAGAAAAGACAGCAAAAACCGAAACAAGAAUGCUGGAACUGUGGAGGUGAGCACAUGCUGAAUGAAUGUCAGAUGCCCCGAGACCAGCGGAGGAUUAGUCAGAAAAAGAAUGAGUUCAAUAUAGCCAAGAGUCAGAAAUUCCCAGGAGGAAAGUCUGGUUCUAGUCGAUACCAUGUUGAUUCUGACGAUGACAGUUUUCGGUUUUCACGUUACAAACCUGGUCACAUAAGUGAUGACCUCCGAGAAGCACUAGGCUUGGCCUCAAACCAGCUGCCAUCCUACAUUUACCGCAUGAGAAUGCUGGGAUACCCGCCAGGCUGGCUUGCUGAGGCGCAGAUGGACACAUCCGGACUGGUUAUUUUCGACAAGCAUGGAAAAGAAAGCACUGAGAGUGGGAGUGGCUCGGGUGACUGUGAUGAUUCUGCAGCCGCAGUCGCUCUAGAUCUUGAGAAGAUUAUUGAAUACCCAGGCUUUACCGUAGAGGUUCCAAAGGGUACAAUUGAUGACCAUGAUUUGUAUGACAUGCCAGCACUCCAGACCCAUCAGCUCAAGCGAACGCUCCAGGCACAGACUGCAGAGAUGAACGAGAUAAAGAAACGUAAAAAGGACGCAGAAGAAGAAUUCCACAGAAAGAAGCAGAAGCUGGAGAACAGGGAGGGCGAGAUGGAACUUGAUGAUGAUGAUGACGACGAUGAAGGUAGUGAUGGUCCAUCGAUUCGGAAUGGAAGAGAGUUCAUUCCUCCAUUACCACCUGAUACCCCUCCCUCAAAACCCCCUCCCCCAGACAGCACACCUCCUUCCACACCUUUUGCCAGUUCCCCAAGACCCAUGUAUCAUCCAACUCCAGCUAACAUGACCCCACCCCCUCUACCACCUGAUACGCCCCCUGGACUUCCACCGUUACCGACGUCAUCAAAGCGACACACUUCACGGAUGUCAUCACGAGAGAGUGCUCGAUCUGAGAGUCCAUCAUUGGAGAUUCUGGAAGAGCAGUACAAGAAGAUAGUGGAGGCCCUGGAUGAUGAGAAUUCUGAUCCUGAGAUGGCCGUUGUAGAUGUCUGUAACUUGGAGGAUGAGUCGAAUAUCCAGCCCGACAGCAACAACAGUGACAUUGCUGGCAAUGCGUCAUCUCCAAAUUCAUUGCUGUCAGGCAAAAAUUCACCCACCCUGCCAUCCAUACAAAAUUCACGUGCAUCGCCAUCCAGUAAUAUACAGAAUUCAAGUACUCCAACAUCUGCGAAUUUGAGCACACCGCAAACACCAAUACAUGUUCAGUCAUCUAGGUCUAUAUCUAAAGACUACGGCACGCCCAUUGUUGUAAAGGAGAAAAGUAUCAACAAGUUGCCAGAUAGAGAGAAGUUUAGUGUAGGGGUAGAACAGCACGUGUUGUAUCAAAACCUGCCCGAUUCUACAGGCACUUUCGAAAAGAUACAUAGCUUGAUGAAGAUCAUGCAGAAAAAAAAGAAGUAGAAAUUUGGUUUGAGAUUUCCAGACAUUGUACUGAAAUUCAGUUACAGAUUUCAAGCUAUAUUGUACACGGGCAAAACAAAGUAUGAUAUUUUUCGACAGUCAACUGUUUUUAUUAUAUCCAAGUGCCCAAGAAGAUAAAUAUUACUAAUGUAACUAUUGUGGAUGUUUUCUAACCAUUCUUUGUGUAGUAAUCAUUUUCAACUUUAAGGCAGCCUAUUAAAACUUAAAAAAAAAAAAUUAAAACUCUUGGGAGGCAUUCAGCCAUUGAUUGGUAUUCAAAAUGUAAGAAUAACUGGAGAUAGGUAGGCCUAUUUAUUGUGUGGUCUUGUUGAGAAAUUAAUAUUGUGAUUAGAAGCGAUGCACUUUUUGUUGUAACUAGUAAUGCUUUUAGUUGAACUUGAAACAAUAUUAUUUUAAAGACUUUUGUAUGAUGACCUAUGACAAGACAACAGUUAUUUCUCCAUGCUGAAAUGUGUUGUCGAGAAUAUAUAUUAAAUUUAUUUUUCCUUUUUCUUUAUAACUGAUCUACUGUUUCCAGCCACUGGUGUGAAUAAUGUAUUUUUGUAAUGCCAAUUAAAGAGACUGACCUGUUUGGUGCCAUUGUUAAGACAUUUCUGAAAUUACAUAUUACAUACAUUUUCUUGUUAAAAUAUUGAUGUUUGUAUAUACAGUUUGUUUCUAAUUGUCCUAAUGUUUGUGUUUGUGCUGGAAAAUAAAAUGAAAUUUCAGUUACUACAAACUGUAGAACAAUCAGAAAUUAUUAAAAGUUUUGUCAUAACAAAACAUCUUAACAAUGGCAGCAAAUUCGGGUCACUGUCGUUAAAAACAAAAAUUAAAUAAAUUUUAUAUGUCACUAUUAUUACUGCAAGCUGAAAUCCAUGUACAGAAAUUAUUGGGCGUUUUCAUAAAAUCAGUUGAUAAAUGUAUCUUAAUCAGUAUACGGCCCUAGUUAAUACAUUACAUUUUAUUACAUGUUUUAGCAUAAUAACUUGCGAUACUUAAUUCUGUUUGAUGUGUCAUUUUGCCCAUCUCGGGAAUUUUUCUACAUAUUUUUACAUUGAUAGUUUUCCAUUAUAAAAAAACAACAAAUUAUACUAUAGUCUUUCCCAGCAGUGAACGUUGUUUUCUUACAUUGGUUUGUGUUACAAUCUAUUUAUGAAUGGAUUGUUUCUUUUUUUUAAAUUGCACACAAAAAUAGUGGGUGGAUUUUUUUUUGUUAUUUCCAUAUUGUUUAUACUUUUCUUUUUCUGUGAAAUGAAACUGAAAUUAUUUAUAUAAAAAAAACAAUGUUCAUGGAGUCUGGGACAGACUAUAAUAAUCAAGCUUGCAAGCCUUGUGUAGAGAUUAAAGGAGGGCUGAGAUAGGGAUGUUCAAUGACUUACUUUAUGGGAUUACUUUUGUUCUGUCAUAAAUGCUAUUUAGUGCUUUACUUUUUAAAAAAUCAGGUUUUAAUUAAUUUAAAAGAUAAUUUAUGGUAAUUUGUUUUGUACCUUGUAGAAAAGGUUUGGUCCUGAUUAAGCCUCGUCUCAACAAAUGCUCAGAGUAACUAGACCUUUUUCUUUUUUUUAACUCCAAUAUACUUUUUGAAUUUAGUUCAAGUCUCAAAUCAUAAGUGGAGUCUUUAACCCAAAGUAUAAUUAACAGGUCGAGAACAUGGCAUCUUGUUCAGUAAUAACAAUAAUUGGUGCAGACGUGUUUCCAUCACUUUUGUCUUGUUUGUCAUGGUCAGCAUAUGACAUCUUUUGAACAUACAUAAACAUUUCUGUUGAUUUUAUUUUUCUUAAAAGAUUCAUUAUCUUAGCAAACAUUUUAUCUGUUUUUAUUGACCAUUAAAUUCUUGUACAUUU